GAAUUGAACCUGGGUCAGUCCAGGUUGUCUGUGUGCAAGGCAAACACCCUACCACUGUGCUAUCGCUCCAGCCAGGCUGUGACGUUUCAAGCUGACCUCACAUAAGCCGCUUAGCCUGCGCAGGAUAAACCCAGCAGCCCCAGGAGGACCAGGCUGGUGCCUGUGAUUCGCAGGUGAGCAGCUCUAGGCACCCUGAGCAUGGAGCCGCCCAGGGCAGAGAUCCGGUCAGCCACCAGGGUGGUAGGGGGACCCGUCACCCCCAGGAAAGGACCCACCAAGUUUAAGCAGCGGCAGACCAGGCAGUUCAAGAGCAAGCCCCCCAAGAAAGGCGUCCAGGGGUUUGGGGAUGAUAUCCCAGGAAUGGAGGGCCUGGGGACAGACAUCACGGUCAUCUGCCCCUGGGAGGCCUUUAACCAUCUGGAACUGCAUGAGCUGGCGCAGUACGGGAUCAUCUAGGGACGAAGGCGUUGGCCAAGGCCACCCACCUGCCUGCCCUGCAUUCCGCAGCCAUGCACCCCCUGGCCCAUACACUCCCAUUCGCC